UCACUUGAUUAUACUGUCAAUUGGAUGGAGACUUUGUAAAGUUCGCAUUAUGUGUUUGGUUUGAGUUCAAGUUUGCCGACUCAACAAUGUCUGAAGAUGAAAAGAAGCCCCUUUUGGGGUCAACAGAAGAAGAGGAGUUGUCAGGAUGUGGUGCUACAUUGGCGUGUAACCCAAGGAGGUCCUUACAUCGAUAUUUGAUUUUAAUAAUCAUGUGCUUCCUGAGUUUCGGCAGCUACUUCUGUUAUGACAACCCGGCCGCUCUACAGGACACGAUGAUGAAGGAUCUGAACCUGAAUGAGGGAAAGUUCAUGCAGUUUUACUCCUGGUAUUCUUGGCCAAACGUCAUCCUGUGUUUCUUCGGGGGAUUCCUUAUCGACCGAGUCUUCGGUGUUCGCAUGGGCGCCAUCAUCUUCAGUUGUUUCGUCACUGUUGGACAGGUUUUGUUUUCCCUGGGAGCUUUGUUCAACUUGUUUUGGCUGAUGUGUGCUGCUCGCUUUAUUUUUGGUAUUGGCGGAGAAUCACUGGCUGUUGCACAGAACACAUAUGCUGUCAAAUGGUUUCAAGGGAGAGAACUCAACAUGGUUUUUGGUCUUCAGCUUAGUUUUUCUCGAGUUGGCAGCACAGUUAACAUGAAUGUAAUGCAGCCGGUGUAUCGUUUUGUCAGCGAAAGUUAUACAGGAUACACAUGUCUAGGUGUCUCAUUGUUUGUAGGUGCAGGAACGUGUGUCUUCUCUUUGUUGUGUGCGCUGUCGCUGGCAUUCUUCGACAACCGCAAUGAUAGAAUUUUAAAGCGAAGAGUGAAGACUACAGAUGAAGUGAUACGAAUAGGCGAUGUACGGUAUUUCCCGGCCACCAUGUGGUUGAUAUGCAUCAUCUGUGUCACAUACUACGUCUCCGUGUUUCCCUUCGUUGGACUCGGAUUAGUUUUCUUUGAAAACAAAUGGAAUCUAUCCCCAACAGUCUCCAACAGUGUUAACAGUCUCGUAUACAUCAUCUCGGCCGUUGCCUCCCCAUUGUUUGGUUUCCUCAUCGACCGGUCGGGGAAGAAUCUGUUCUGGGUGAUGUUGGGCGUGAUCGUCACCCUCGGCUGCCACGCCCUCCUCGCUUUCUCCUUUGUCACACCGUUUGCUGCAAUGAGUAUUAUGGGUUUAUCAUACUCAGUUCUAGCCAGCGCCCUUUGGCCGAUGGUUUCCUUAGUGAUACCACAACAUCAGCUGGGAACAGCAUAUGGAAUUAUGCAAGCUAUUCAGAACUUGGGACUCGCAGUUGUUUCCCUUGUUGCUGGGAUGAUUGUCGAUAAUAACGGCUAUUUGAUUCUAGAAGUAUUCUUCAUGGCCUGGUUAUCACUGGCUCUGAUAGCAUCUGUAAUACUGUAUCUUGUGGAUGCUUCAAAAGGAGGUAAAUUAAAUUUAUCAGCUCGGAAACGAAAAUUGAUGAUGGAAAAGGAGAUAGAAAAGAGUGAAAUAGUGAAUUGAAGACCAGUAGACCAGAGACAUGUCAAGGGAACUCUUAAAAGAAUGUUAAUUAAAGACAAGUGUCUUCAUAACUAGUUUUAUGAAAUACUCCACACUAGGCAGAGGAGCUAGUCACAGUCUAACUGUGGAACUUUGUUCUCUUUUUUUUCUUUUUUGCACAAACAUAUAAAUAAUAUAUAUUUUUA